GGCAACACCCCGGCGUCCCUGGAAGCGGGGAGCCGGACACCCCGGCGUCCCUGGAAGUGGGGGGGCCGGGGUGGUGCUGGGGAGGCGGCGCAGAGCCAUCGCCCAGGGAACCCCGGGUUGGGGACAGGGUCGCUGGGAUCUAGAUAGCUUCGCCAGGCUGAAUCAUGGCUAGACGACCCUUCGUCUUAGGUGACCAGUUGAUUCUGGAGGAAGAUUCUGAUGAGACCUAUGUCCCUAGUGAGCAAGAAAUCCUUGACUUUGCCAGAGUGAUUGGUAUUGACCCCAUCAAGGAACCAGAACUGAUGUGGUUGGCGAGGGAGGGUAUUGAAGCGCCAUUGCCCAAGGGCUGGAAACCAUGCCAGAACAUCACAGGUGAUAUCUACUAUUUCAACUUUAACACUGGUCAGUCCAUUUGGGACCAUCCCUGUGAUGAGCACUAUCGAAAGCUGGUCAUCCAAGAGCGGGAGAAGUGGUUGGCUCCUGGGGCCGUCAAGAAGAAAGACAAGAAAAAGAAAAAGGAAAAGAAAAACAAAAAGGACAAAGAGACGUCCAAAAGUCCUCUGGUCCUGGGUUCCCCUUUAGCCCCAGUCCAAGCUCCUCUUUGGAGCCUGGCUCCCUUACGAGGCCUCGGGGAUGCCCCACCCUCUGCUCUUCGUGGAUCUCAGAGUGUGAGCCUGGGGAGCUCGGCAGAUUCUGGGCAGCUUGGGGAACCCACGCUGGGUCCCAAGACUGCUGCUUGUGCAAAGGGUUUCUUGGGUUCUACCCACGAGGGCAAGCAUACUCUCAGUCUCUUGGCUUUAGGGGAAGAGACCAACGAGGAGGACGAGGAGGAGAGUGACAACCAGAGUGUCCAAAGCUCCGGUGAACUUCUCAAGAACCUGCACCUGGACCUCGGUGCCCUGGGAGGUAACUUUGAGUACGAGGAGUCUCCAAGAUCCAGCCAGCCAGUGGACAAGAAGGAUGUUUCUCUCAGUUCAGAUGCUGAUCGGCCCCCUACUCCUGGCAAGCUGUUCAGCCAGGGUGCUGACAGCAGUCUGGGCAGUGUUGACGGCAGCAGAUCCCGGGGAAGAGGGGCAAGUCCCCAGAGUGCACAGAAGGAAAAUGAGAAUCCCAAGAUUUCUGCAAGUCAGGUGGCUCCUGAAUUGGGCCCUGGGGGUGAUCACCUUGCGAAGGACUCGAAAAAGGAGCAGCAGGCAGAGGACAUAGUGGAGGCAGAAGAGGAGGGUUCCAGGAGGGAAGGGGCAGCCAAGGAAACUUCCGCCCUGGAGGAGAACACAUCAGAUGCCAGUGAGGAGUCAGAGAUCCUUGAACACUUGAAAGACCCACAACUCUCAGAGUCCGAAGCUUCUGUUUCUAAGUCUUUCCUUGGCCUGGACUUUGGAUGUCGCAAUCAGAUCUCAGAGCACCUGCUGGAUGGUGACAGGCUUUCUCCGGUCUUGGGUAGAGCCCACCUGGAGGCCCAAGGGUUAGGCCAAGAACGAGAUGACAGCCAGUCCAGCAGAGCUGAGCCACAGAGCAAGCAUUCCCAAGUCUCUGAGAGGGAACAGCUCCAGAGUACCCUGCACAGCCAGGCUGUGGAGGAAGGACCUCUGCAGACCCUGGAGAGGCAGCCUGAGUGGAAGGAAGCAGAAGAGCCUGGAAAGGGCUCUGUAGCCAGCCCCACCCCGCUGGCCCCCCUUCAGAGGGAGCAGGUCCUGAGCCUGCCUGCUUUCCCUGAGAGGUCUGAGGAGAAGCACUCCCAGGCUGAAGAGCUGGGUCUUGGGCAGCAAGAGGCUGAGGAGUCUGAGGAGAAGGUGGCAGUCAGCCCCACCUCAUCUGUCUCUUCAGAGGUGCAAACCACGGAGCCUGCAGCUCCCCAAAAGCAGUUCUCAGAGGCUAUACUGAAGGCCACGGAAGAGGCAGUGACCCAGGAACUGAAGGAAAACCAGAGGCGGCUGCUGGAGUUGAAGAAAGAGAGGCAGAAGCAGCUGGAAGAAAGGCUGUGGCGAGAGGAGGAGGAGGAGGUGCAACGGCUUUACCAGCAGAAGGAGAAAUCCCUCAGCCUCCUGAAGGCACAGCUGCAGAAAGAUGCUGCGGCAGAAGAGGAGGAAGAAAGCCAGAGGCUGGCCCGCCUCCGGGCCCAGGUGCAGUCCAGUACAGAAGCAUUUGAGAACCAAAUUAGAGCUGAGCAACAGGCUGCCCUCCAGAGACUUCGAGAAGAAGCAGAGACCCUCCAGAGGGCCGAAAGAGCCAGUUUGGAACAGAAAAGCAGGAGGAUGCUGGAGCAGCUAAGGGAGCAGCUGGAGGCCGAGGAGAGGAGUGCCCAGGCCGCCCUGAAGGCGGAGAAGGAGGCCGAGAAGGAAGUGGCUCUGCGGCAGCUGAGGGAGCAGCUGGAAGGGGAGAGGAAAAAGGCAGUGGCAGACCUGGAGAAGGAGCACAGUGCUGAGCUGGAGCGGCUCUGUUCCUCAUUGGAGGCCAAACACCGGGAGGUGGUCUCUAGCCUCCAGAAGAAGAUAGAGGGGGCUCAGCAGAAAGAGGAGGCCCAGUUACAGGAGAGCCUUGUGUGGGUAGAGCAGAGAGCUCACCAGAAGUUUCAUCAGGUGACUGAGUAUGAGCAAGAGCUUAGCAGCCUCCUUCGAGACAAGCGCCAGGAGGUAGAGAGGGAACAUGAGAGGAAGAUGGACAGGAUGAAGGAGGAGCACCGGCAAGCGAUGGCUGAAGCCAGAGAGCGAUAUGAGGCUGAGGAAAGAAAGCAGCGCACUGACCUCCUGGAGCACCUGACUGGAGAGCUGGAGCGUUUGCGAAGGGCCCACGAGCGAGAGUUGGAGAACUUGAGGCAGGAGCAGGACCAGCAGCUUGAGGACCUAAGGCGGCGGCACCGGGAUCAAGAAAGGAAAUUACAGGAUUUAGAGGUGGAACUUGCAGCCAGAACUAAAGAUGUCAAGGCCAGAUUGGCUCAGCUGGAUGCCCAGGAAGAGAACAUGCGGAAAGAGAAGCAGCUGCUCCUGGAUGCGCAGAGGCAGGCUGCUCUGGAGAAGGAGGAAGCCACAGCCACCCGUCAGCACCUGGAAGAGGCAAAGAAAGAGCAUACCCACCUGGUGGAGUCGAAGCGGCAGCUGCGGAGGGUCAUCGAUGACCUGCGUGUCCGGCGGGUGGAGCUGGAGUCCCAGGUGGAUCUGUUGCAGGCACAAAGUCAGAGGCUGCAGAAGCACCUGAGUAGCCUAGAGGCUGAAGUUCAAAGGAAACAAGACAUGUUUAAAGAACUGGCAGCUGAGAAUAAUGCAUCCCCACAUUUGGAGCCAGAUCUCCACAUUGAGGACCUGAGGAAAUCCCUUGGCACAAAUGAGACCCAGGAGGUGUCCUCUUCCCUCUCGCAGAGCAAGGAGGAGAUCGACCUGGCCAUGGACAGUGUCCGGCACUUCCUCUCCGCUGAGGGUGUAGCUGUCCGGAGUGCAAAGGAGUUCCUGGUGCGCCAGACACGCUCCAUGCGGAGGCGACAGACGGCCCUGAAAGCCGCCCAGCAGCAUUGGCGCCGUGAGCUGGCUAAUGCCCAGGAGGUGGAUGAAGACCUCCCAGGCACCAAGAUCCUGGACAAUGUGUGCAAGAACCUGGAUGAGGAGACCAGGCACCUGGAUGAGAUGAAGUCAGCCAUGAGGAAAGGCCAUGACCUGCUGAAGAAGAAAGAAGAGAAGCUGAACCAACUGGAAUCUUCUCUACAGGAAGAGGUCUCUGAUGAGGACACUCUGAAAGGAUCCUCUAUCAAGAAGGUGACCUUUGAUCUCAGUGACAUGGAAGACUUGAGCAGUGAGAGCUCUGAGUCCUGCCCCCUGCCUCAUAUCACCCUGACCCCAAGUUCCGCUGAUCCCAACAAGAUCCACUAUCUGAGCAGUUCCCUUCAGCGGAUCAGCAGUGAACUGAAUGGUGUGUUGAGCGUGCUGGGCAGCCUCAACUCCCAGCCGCCUCCACAGGUCCUCAGCAACCCACCCCCACCUCCGCUCCUCACCUCCUCGCUUCGGUCCUCCAAGAACGCCCCUACCCCAGCCUAUCCCCUCCUGACCAAACCCUCCUCCUCAUCGUCUGCCACACCCAUGUCCACCCAGUGGGCCUGGGACCCGGGACAGGGCACCAGGCUCUCCUCCUCCUCGCAAACCGUGGACGACUUCCUGCUGGAGAAGUGGCGCAAGUAUUUCCCUUCUGGCAUCCCGUUGCUCAGCGGCUGCCCUCCCCCACUGGAGAACAAGCUGGGCUAUGUGUCCGUAAGUGAGCAGCUCCACCUCCUGCAGCACUCCCAUUCUCGAGUUCCCAAGAUGGACAGCGUCAGCGUCCAGAGCAUGAUCGAGUCUAACCGGAAGUGGCUAGAACAUUUCAAGAAUGACCCCAAGGUACAGCUCUUCUCAGCGCCCAAACCAGCAGCCACUUCGAAUUUACUGCAGCUGGGCCUGGAUGAGAACAACAGACUGAAUGUGUUUCACUAUUGAGGCCUGUGGGGCGGCCUCCUUGUCUCCACCAAGUGCCUGAGGCGCCAUCAGCACCUUAUUUCCCCCUGAUCAAGCAUGCCCUCUGCUGUGUGUUCCACCCAGGACUCGGAGGAACCCCCGGGUAGGUAGGCAGGAAGCUCGUCAUGACUGUAAACAGCCACACACGCUUCGCCCAUGGACUGUCCCGAGCAGGAAUAUACGGACAUAUGCAAGCUUCUGCAUCAAAGCGGCUGCUGAGGACUUCAGGGAUGUGGCCACCUUCAAUUAAAGCAGCUGCCUUGGGAGGCCUAGGGAGUCUCCUUGGAGCUCGGGUUCUUGGCCUUCAAGUCCUGCUGAGGGCUCUCAUGGAGGAGGGGAGUGUGGUCCUUUGCUCAGGACAGCCCCCUGGGAUGGCUAUGCCCUGGAACCUGGCUGUAGCUGUCUUUCUAAUACCUCAGCCCUGGAAGGGUCACAUCCGUUCCUCUCUUUUUGGCUUUUUCUUUUUUAUUGUCUUUUGACCCUCUCAGGUCUGGGCUCAGCUGCCUGAGUCCUGCUGGAGUUGUUCUCGGCCCCAGAUGUUCUGCAUCUUCCCCUCAGCCAGCACUGGGCUUUCCUCAGGGCCAGUAGCCUUCCCUCCCUUAGGAUGCUCUCCGGAGCCCUCCCUUGCUCUCAGGUCUCAAAACCUAUCUCUUCAGGAAGCCAAAAAGAAAGCCAUAGAAAAAGAUGGGGAUGACUUCUGCUCCGUUGAUAUUUCUCUUCCUCCAGCAUCCUCGUGUAUCUGCGAGCUCUGUGUCCCUCUGUCCUUCCACCUGGACCACCCCUGUCCCAAGCCCACUCUCAGCUCUUCCCAGAGCUCAGUGGAGGGCUGACUACCUGGUACUGGCAGGGACUGUCUUGGCCAGGUGGCGCUUCUGGCACAGCCUCUACAGCCCCGCGUCCCCCAGUGGGCUCUGCAGGAAAUGUUCUCGGCAUCUGUCUCAUUGUUUAAACAAAACGCAUCGUUUUUCUUGUCUUGAGAAGCCGCGAGCUGCCUUUACCCACUCUCACCGCUUUGUUGCUCAUUUCUUCUCCAUGGAAUACGACCCUAAGAACCAGUUGGCUUUUACCCUCUUAGGUAAAUUUUUAAGCCGUCAGCCGACCACACGCAGAAAAAGUCCACUUUGUUAUUUGUUCCACUCUGUGUGCCUUGAGAGCAGCUUGCGUGAUCCGACCAACCCUGGUGACAGUCCUGUGUCUUUUUGCAUCUAUUAAAUCUCUGCAAGUCUGUUUUCUGUAA